CUCAUUCGUCGAAUGACACACUCCACUUGGAGUCCAUAUGCACGGGUCCAUAUGAAAGUAUAUACAUGUACCAAGAGAGACACUGGACACAAUUGUCAAGCCAAAGUGGCCGGCCCGUCAGUCAGUCACUGCGUGAGUCUGAAUAUUAUGGUGUGCAGCUCUUUGCUGCGCGGCAGGCCGAUGUGGAUGGGGUGGUCGGGGGACACCUGGCCCUCCCACACCAAUACACCUGCAAGCGCCCACCCACAGACACACACACAUACACAGAUCAAAGGACGCUUGGUUGUCUUUCUCGGUUUCCUACCUACCUACCUUUCCUGUCGGACUGGUAGAUGGCUUCGGUGAGGAUCUGCAUCAGGUGUCGGUACUGGAAGGCUCGGGAGCUCACCAGCGCCACCAGGUAGCCGUCGGGAGCCACACACUGAACAGAGCGACGCAGACACAACACACCAUACCGUGCGAGUGUGGACAAGACAGACAGGUGUGUGAAGGAUGGAGGGAAAUACCUUGGCAGCGAGGUUGAACAAUCGGAAGAACAGCUGCUCGCCGCGAUCGAGCUGACACACAGAGUUGCAACCAUGCACAAGACUCGCACUCUGUGUGUCCAUACCGCGGUUUGGUGAAUGAGAGGCGUCCAGUUCGGCGGGUCCGCAAUCACGAUGUCCCAUUGCACUGCGCAGUCAAGACAUAGUCAGACGGACAGACAGAUAGAAGGAGGAACUAGCAUCCGUGCGGGCAGGGGUGUGCAGCCCACAUCGCUGGUCUAUGGCGUCUUGAAGGUAUUUGAACGCAUUGGCCCGCUGGAACAGCACCCUGUCGGCCACGCUCGCAGACUGAGCUGCCCACUCACCUGACACACACACACACACACACACACACGUGCAAUCCAAGGCCAUCACACACACGUGCAUUGGUUGCAUCAACCUAUCCCCACCACUGACACAACAUACCUCUUUGCAGGUACGGGGCGUGGCUGUCGACGCACGUGACCUUGCUGGCCUCACCCCUGGCCGCAGCCGUCACACCGAAAGCUGCGACACACAUGCAGGGAUGUAAAGAGGCAGUGUUGAUGCGAUGCGUGUGUGUUUCUGUCUGUUCGUGUACUGACCUCCCACGUAAGAGAAAAGGUCCAGGACUGUCUUGCCCUUGGCGAGCUGCGCCACCUCCUCCCGCACAGGACGGCGGUCGAAGAACCAGCCUGUGCUGGGGGAGUCCAUCAGGUCCACUUGGAAGGAGCAUCCCGCCUCGGGAAUUGUGACGGUGGUCUCACACACAUCAGACACACUGCUGCCAUCUGGAAGCAACCACACGUAUGCACGCACCGUCAAUGAGGGCGUGUCCAUGUGUAUCUGCCCACCUUUCUGAUAGGGCAUAUCUUUCCACAGUGCGAGUCUCUCCUGCCGCCUUCGAAUCGAGUCGUUGCGGUGGAUGACGGCCGUCAGGUCCCCACCCAUGACGUCGACCAGCGCGCCCACAAUGCACUCGCGAAGCCGCUCCAUGCCACCUGUGAGGUGCUGCACCACGCAGAUCGACCCAUAUCUGACAUAUAUGAACACAAAGACACACAGAGGGAGGGAGAAUCAAAUGCAGCACAGCAUGUGCAUACGUCCGCUCCCCGCCCGACCGUGUGACCCACCUGUCGAUGACCAGCCCCGGCAGGUCAUCUCCCUCCCCGUUGACAAGGCGGCAGAAGACUGGCCCGUGGUCGUCCCUCUGAAUGGCUCUCCUGUCCCUCCCCAGCGGCAGGUGCCGCCGCAUCUCCAUCGCACGCCGGAUCUUGCCCGCCAGGAAGGCCCGGUCGACGGGCAUGUAGGCAUUGUCGCUCACGACGCGACCCGCUAUCAGGCUGUGAAUCGUGUAGGUCCCCACCCCUGCACCACAGAUACGUGCGCACGGAUCAGCAGGCCGGCGUUGCGUGUGGUUGUAUUAGUGUGGGAUUACUACCUACCGUGUCCAGUGCCUUCGCUGUCGAAGAUGUUGACAAUGCACGGUGAGAGUGGCCUGAGCUCCUCGAAGUUCUGCACCUCGUUAGAAUAGAUCCAGGGCAGCUUGUUGGCCAAGGACAGGUCGAAGUGAGUGCUGCCCUCUGGCGGACGGAUGCGCAGCGUGGGGCGGGUGGAAGGGUCAUCUGCGUAUCAGCAAUGCACAUGCAGUCGUCAUAAAUAUUGGGUGGGUGCAUGCCUUGUUGCUUGCUUGCUCGCUGCUGACCUGUGAGUGUCGGCAGAGGGCCAGAGGGGUACGCCAACGCACUCGCCUCAUCCGUCCCCCCUGCAGGAGAUUCUCCAUCUUCGCGCUGCGGGAUGCCCUGGGGAUUCGCAUCAACGGCGUCGUGAGGCAGAUGCGCAACGCCCCUUACUGGCUGGAAGGGCAGUGAAUGCACUCGCAGAUUACGUCGCCUUCGCGCUGCUGCCGGCAUGGGUGGCAUUCGGCGAGCAAUGUAGCUGGGGCAUCGAUUCAUCAAUCGAUUACGUCACGACAAAGCGGGAGAAGUGCAACAUCCAUGCAGAUCUG